CACACAUUGCAAAGCAACUUCUGCUGACCGUGCAGGAGUUCCAACGUCUGCUCGCACAUUUCAUUUUCCUUUAAAAGGAGAAGCUUUUAAACGGAACGACCCUUAAAUCACAUGACCUGCUGAUCCACACACUCGAGAUCAUGUGACUGCCCUCAGCUGCGGCGUGAUUUCACACAGUUGCCCAGUGCAGACUAUUGCGCGGUUGCUCUGCUUAGUCUUCUGCGAGUUUCGGCCAGGGAAACGCAAGGAUGCUGAAGGAGACGGUCUGUCUCCUCGCGCUGCUAGCGGUCCUCGUAGAGCCGGUUCGGUCCCGGGGCUGCUCCAGCUUCUUCUGCCGGAAGUCCCAUCGCGUGAGCAGCGGAAGCGGCGGGCCGGACCCCGGGAAACCCCUGUUCCUGACGCCGUACCUCGAGGACGGACGGAUAGAUGAGGCUAGGAAGUUAAGUCUGGUGGGCCCUCUGCCUGGAGCCAAUGUGAAGAGCUACUCUGGGUACCUGACCGUCAACAAGGCCUACAACAGCAACCUCUUCUUCUGGUUCUUCCCCUCACAGGAGAGGCCUGAGUCAGCACCUGUGUUGCUAUGGCUACAGGGGGGACCUGGCGGCACUUCCAUGUUUGGGCUGUUUGUGGAGCACGGCCCUUACGUAGUGUACCCCAACAUGACACUGGGCCUAAGGGAUUACCCAUGGACCUCUCACUACUCCGUGCUCUACAUCGAUAACCCGGUUGGCACAGGUUUCAGCUUCACAGAUGACGACAAAGGCUUUGCCCAGAAUCAGGAUGACGUUGGGAGGGACCUGUACAGUGCACUGGUUCAGUUCUUCCAGAUCUUCAAAGAGUAUCAAGCAAACGACUUCUAUGCCACUGGAGAGUCCUAUGCAGGGAAGUAUGUGCCAGCCAUCGGAUACUACAUCCAUAAGAACAAUCCCUCAGCCAAAGUCAAGAUCAACUUCAAAGGCGUCGCCAUCGGCGAUGGACUGUGUGACCCAGAGCUGAUGUUGGGUGGCUAUGGGGAUUUCCUGUACCAGACGGGGAUGGUGGAUGAGCUGCAGAGGGAGUACGUGAAGAGCCAGACGGACCGCGGGGUGACCCUCAUCCAGCAGGAGCAGUGGGUGGAGGCCUUUGAGGUGUUUGACAGCUUACUGAACGGGGAUAUCCUGCCCUACCCGUCUUUCUUCCAGAACGCCACCGGCUGCACCAACUACUUCAACUACCUGCAGUGCCAGGAGCCGGCGGAUCAGGAGUACUUUGCGAGCUUCGUGACGCAGGCGUUGGUGCGGAGCAGCAUCCACGUGGGGAACCUGACGUUCCACGACGGAACCGAAGUGGAGAAGCACCUGCUGCAAGACGUCAUGAAGAGCAUCAAGCCCUGGCUAGCAGUACUCAUGGACCACUACAGGGUGCUGAUCUACAGUGGUCAGCUGGACGUGAUCGUGGCGGCUCCUCUGACGGAGCGGUUCCUGCCCACCGUCAACUGGACCGGAGUGGACCGGUACAAGAAGGCGGAGCGGUUCCCGUGGCGACUGCAGCCUGGCGACCCUGAGGUGGCCGGAUACGUGCGGCAGGUCGGGGAGUUCUUCCAGGUGAUCGUGCGUGGGGGCGGGCACAUACUUCCCUACGACCAACCCCAGAGGUCCUUUGACAUGAUUGACAGGUUCCUGUCCACUAAGGGCUUCUCUGCUAACUGAUGCGGAGAGGAGAGGCGGAGUCCUGGUGCCUUAAGCCCCGCCCCCACCUGAGUCUCCAGAGGAAGCGAUUUAACUAAUGAACUUUUAAUCACACACACACUCACACACACACACACACACACACACACAAUCAAUCUCUCUCUCUCACACACACACACACACACACACACACUCACUCAAUCUCUCUCACACACACACACACACACACACACACACACACACACACACUCACUCAAUCUCUCACACACACACACACACACACACACACACACACACACACACACUCAAUCUCUCACACACACACACACACACACACACACACACACACACACACACACUCACUCAAUCUCUCUCACACACACACACACACACACACACACACACACACACACACACACACUCACUCAAUCUCUCUCUCACACACACACACACAAACAUACACACACACACACACACACACAAACAUACACACACACACAUACACACACACACACACACACACACACACACACACACACAAACAUACACACACACACAUACACACACACACACACACACACACACACACACACACACACACACACACACACACACACACACACACACCCACCCUCCCUCAUCCCUGAUGCGUAUAGGACGCUUGAUGACGUCAUCACUGAUGCGUUGAUGUUGUUGAUGACACAUCAGUGGUGCUGUGUUCAUCUGAAACACUCUGUGGGCCACACCCACGUCCACUCUGGUCCAGCUCUUCGUUUUGCUCCGAGUCUGUGUGUGUGUGUGUGUGUGUGUGUGUGUGUGUGUGUGUGUGUGUGUGUGUGUGUGUGUGUGUGUGUUGAACAGGUUUGUGUGUUGAGGAAAGACAGGUGUAUGUGUGUUUGUGUUUGAUCGUUGAGGGAAUAUUAGGUGUGUGUGUGUGUGUUUUAAACAGGCAUGUGGAGGAAAGAGCGAUGUAUGCGAGUGUGUGUGUGUGUGUGUGUGUGUGUGUGUGUGUGUGUGUGCGUGCGUGUUUUAAACAGGCAUGUGGAGGAAAGAGCGAUGUAUGCGAGUGUGUGUGUGUGUGUGUGUGUGUGUGUGUGUUUUAAACAGGCAUGUGGAGGAAAGAGUGAUGUUUGUGAGUGUGUGAGAGUGAGAGAUGUACAUGAUCCUGGUGAUUCUUCUUUGUGAUGCCAAUAAAGACGUCACUUGGACAUCUGAA